AUGUCUACAAAUAAAUACGUGGGAAAUAAUUGUGGCCUCUCGUCAUCUCUUGACUUGUACGGACCACUUUUUCGUACGUCAUCCCUUUUUGGCCUCAUUGCAAGUGUAGCGCUCACACCGCCUAUCAGUCUUAGCCGGAGUACCAACGUCAGUGACCGACAUAAAAGACAAUCGUUUGCCACAACUCUGUCGCUUGGUCGAAUACCAUUGGCUAGGGUGGCCGUAAUUAGAACAAUGCAGUCCAGUAGAGAAGGAGUCAGUGGGUGUUAA